CCGUGGCGCGGGCGGCGUCGACUGCGCCAGGGAUCGGGAGCCCCCCUCUCUCUUCCCCACUUGCUCGCCAGCUGAGCCCGCCCUCGCUACCUGCGUCCUAUAAAUACCACCGCCUGACCAGAUCGACCUAUUCUGCUCCUGCGUGCACACAUUCGUCGGACACCUCUCCCUCUCUCUUAGGUCGCCGUCAUCUCCACAGAUUCAGAGUCCUGCGUGGAGGAGAUUCUGCGAGCUCCCUCAUCCAUGGCCGAUGACAAGUGCGGCGAGGAGCUGGCCGUCGCCGAGCCCCUCGGGCGGUGGCCGGUGCUGUCGUACGGCGUCGGACACAUGCUCAACGACAUCACCUCCGCCUGCUGGUUCACCUACCUCCUCAUGUUCCUGCAAGAAAUCGGUCUCACUCCACGGGAUGCGUCUAUCGUGAUGCUUUCAGGCCAGGUCGCGGACGGUGUGAUGACGAUCGUCGCCGGCGAAAUGAUCGACAGGUUCGGCCGUUUCAAGCUGUGGCACAUCGGAGGGUUGGUCCUGGUCGGCGUCUCCUUCUCCUCCGUCUUCGGCGGGUGCCUGCUCUGCGCCGUCCUCGGCACCGACUCCUACCUCGUCAGGACCAUCGGCUACAGCUUCUUCGCCGCGGUGUUCAACGUCGGCUGGGCGGCCACACAAGUCUCCCACAUGGCGAUGGUGAACUGCAUGACAUCCAACCCCACGAGCCGGGUGGCCUUGGCGAGCUGCAGAAAUGCUUCCACUAUGGUGGCUAAUCUUGGUUUAUAUGGGAUCGCGUUAGCUGUGUUUGGUGCAGUAAAGGCAAAAACAUGUGCAGACAUUGUUGUUCAGUACAAGUGGAUCGCCUAUGUGUCCAUCUUCGUAGGAUGCUGCUUCCUGGUGCUGUUCCACGUUGGGACAAGUGAACCAACUUUGAAGUGCGAGCCUAACUGCAAGAAGCGGGCUCGGAUCGCCUGGGGUUACUGGUUCAAGAAGACCCUGUACUACCAAGUUGCUCUCCUCUACAUGCUCGCAAGAUUGAUCACAAACGUUUCUCAGUCGCUCAUCGCAUUCUACGUCACCAGAGACCUGAAAAUGAACGAAUACUCGAAAGCCACUAUCCCAGCCAUCAUAUUCUGCUGCAGCUUCCUCGUGUCCGUGGUCCUCCAGGAGAUGAAGUGGAACAGCCGCCGGCUCAAGUCGCUGCUCACCGUCGGGGCGACGCUGUGGGUGGUCUCCGGGGCGGCGGUGUUCAUCCUCCCGAGCCAGAUGCACAACCUCAUGUACCCGCUGGCGAUGGUGAUCGGUGCCGCCAACGCGCUGGUGAUGGUGACCACGAUCGGGCUGGAGAGCGCGCUGGUCGGGGAGGACCUCAACGGCUGCGCCUUCGUCUACGGCUCCCUCAGCUUCCUCGACAAGAUGUCCUGCGGGAUCGCGCUCUUCGUGCUCGAGUCCUACGACGAGACGCCCAGCUGCGGCGAGGUCAGAGGGCUCAACACCAUGAGCAGGUACGGCACGGGCCUCAUCCCGGCCUGCUUCGCCGUGCUCGUCCUCGUCGUGACAUCCACCCUCAGGCUGCACGACGACGCUCCGAGGGCGAGAGCUUCCGCCGCACUGGAAGCUCCUCUGCUCGUCUAAAGCGUCCAUGUAUGUUGGGGCCUUGGGGGAGAUUGUGGAAAUGUAAAUCCUUUUCAAUUAGGUUUGAAAGAGGAAGGUAAGGUAAGACGUAAUCAUCAUCGUCAUGCCGGCAAUAAGUAAUUAGGUCGUAAUGCAGCUCUUUCCAAUUAGAUUUGGGAAGAUGCUUCUGUACUGUUGUCGUGUUCGUCAUGUACUGUCACGGUUCAGCUCUCAAUUUGGGUGAAGUUUCAGGCGAACACAAGAUUGAAAAGAAAGUUGUUUUGAUCGUGCAA